CUCGUCCUGGAUGGCGCCGGUGUCCCCUCGGGGGCCUGGCCCGGCAUCGUCAGCGUUCAGGCCACGCUGGAGAACGGCACGUGGCACAUGUGCUCCGGGGUCCUCAUCCACCCCCAGUGGGUGCUCACGGUGGCCCAGUGCUUCUUCAGGUCUGGGGACCCCUCCAUUUACGAAGCCGUGAUCGGGGCCACGGACCUGGCUCAGCCGGGCCGCGAGGCCGAGCUGCGCCGCGUCCUGCGGAUCCUGGUGCACCAGAGCUACGUGGCCACCACGGCCAGGAACAACAUCGCCCUGCUGGAGCUGGACCAGCCCGUGGAGUGCAGCGACUACAUCCAGCUGGGCUGCGUGCCCGACAGCUCCCUGGCAGUGGCCGAGCUCAGAACCUGCUUCAUCGCGGGCUGGAGAGCCAGCCCGGACAGCGCUCCCGGGCCGCGCCUGGUGCUGCAGGAGGCCAAGGUGCGGCUCAUCGACGUCCAGCUGUGCAACAGCAGCCGCUGGUACGGGGGGGCCGUGCACCCCCAGGACCUGUGCGCGGGGUACCCGCGGGGCGGCAUCGACACCUGCCAGGGGGACAUCGGGGGCCCCCUGGUCUGCAAGGACAACGUUGGUGACUUCUUCUGGCUGGUGGGACUGGCCAGCUGGGGCCGAGGCUGCUCCGGUGACAAACGGCCCGGGGUGUUCACGUCCACCCAGCACUUCCGUGGAUGGAUCCAGGUCCAGAUGGGAUUGGUCCCAGCAGAGAUAUCCCCGACAGCGACAGAGGCAGCCCCGACCCCGACUCUGAACCUGUUUGUGACCCCGACCCCGGUCCUGACCCUGAGCGUUACUGAGGAGCCACCAAAAGCAGAAUCGGACGCCUUCAUCACCAUUUCAUUCCCAAAAGAAAUCCUGCUGAGGUUCUUCAGGAAUCUGCAGAAGUUCUUGCUGUUCCUAAGGGAAAAAAUGCGUUGA